UUUUGAUUAAGCAGUUAUUACCACGUGGAGGGGAAUCUCCCAUGCAUAACAGAUUCUAUAAAUAGCACCUUAAACCAUCAACACUGUCCCAGCGUAUUUAAAGCUUUCCGUAUAUCGAUUUAAACCAAAACACAAUAAAGGUUUUUAACAGACGGAUUGGAGAAGUCUAAGGAGUGACCCGAGGAAUUUAUACAUGCUUAUCAAAACUUAUUCACGGAGAUCUGUCUACGACGCGGCCUAUCAUGACAAGAACUGCACCUGUCGCCGAAUUAAAGAUGUAGACGACAUGAGAAUGCUCAUCGACUAUGGCUUCGUCGGACCAGCAAGCCAUAUUAAAGUCCACAGACCGCGGAGUUUCCGAUUCCUGUGGUGGACGUUUGAUUUCAGUUAUAACCAUCAUUACAUGGUGGUCUCCGCCACAACAGACACGCUGACCAUCAUUCAUUAUGCUCCAAAAAGGAUCUCCAGCAUUCUUCUCUUACGCGGGGUAGCUGAAAUACGAGAAGAGACGUUAAAGAUUGAAAGCAAUGACGAUACGUUAGAUUUCCAAUCUGGAGUAUAUCUUAUAUUUAAAGACAAGUACCCAAAGAGUGUGAAACAAAAGAGGUAUUGUGUAAGGAAAGCUAAGCGGAGACUCGGGGAAAGGCAGUAUUCAGUGUUCCACAACAACUGUGACUGUUAUGUGUCGUGGACGCUCUGUGGUCAGUCGAUAUCCAUACAAGCUAUGGAGGCCCGAGGACUAUUGUUUUGUAUCGGGGUGUUAGCUUCUGCGUUCAUAAGGUUUUACAGAAUCACGAAGUAUUUCAUAGAAGGUGUUGACAAUUUUGUUGAUUCUAUGGGAUAAUACGGAGACUAUGCGAGGUGUUUAUUUUGUGUGUUGGUAUGUAUGGCGUAAAUGUGACUCUAUCAUGACUGUUAAAUUAUUUAUUAAUUAACAAACCCGGUGUAUAACUCCUUAACUUUACACAGUGUAUUGUUAAUGUUAUCAUAUUUUUUAUAUGUAAUAAAAAAAAGCAAGAAAA